AUGGCUAUAUUAGUGCCUUCCCUGCAGUGGACGUACGCGACAGUCCUAUAUUUGAGCUUGACAACUAUCCUGUCAUUUCUGACUUCAUACAUUCGUCUGCAAACUUACAAUGUUGCCAAAAACCAAAAUCCGGAAAUCGCCUUUUCAGACAUAGUGGUUCCUGUUCUUCAGCUGGUACCGAACCGGGCGUUCUUUUAUCCUUGGACUUUACUGACUGAAAGUUUUGUGGAGACAUCUGUGUUCAGGUUCCUGAUUGCCAUAGCGGUGUUCUACUCUGGCAUCAAUUAUUUGGAAAAACAUUGGAACCUCAACAACGAGAAUAAGGUAUUUUCCGAAACGGUAUAUUACAUCACCAUAGUCACACUGGCAACCAACGGAAGCACUGUGCUCCUUGAAAUGUUGUUUCAUUUAUUGUCAUUUCAGUCUGCGAAGCUUACAGAGCCGGUGAACCAUGGCGUCUACUCUCUUAUUAUGAGUUUCGUCGUAGUGCUCAAACAAUUGUCUCCUGAACACAAUCUUAAGAUAUUCAAUACAGUGUCUAUUCGGUUGAGACAAUUGCCGUUCAUCCUGCUUUGUGCAGCUGUUAUUGUGUCUCUCACUAUAAGGUCGUUGGUGCCGGUUGUGCCUAUAUUCAAUAAUUUCUAUGUCAGCUGGGUUUAUUUGCGCUAUUAUCAAGUUAACACACUUAGCGAUCUGCUUCCUUCCAACAACACCCGUUCAGUGGUGCGAGGAGACGCGUCGGAUACUUUUGCGUUCAUUCAGUUCUUUCCUGCUGGUUUGCACAAGGCACUAAAACCAUUGUGCCGAGCAUGCUACCACACCUCUGCACUGCUAGGAAUUAUAAGACCGUUCAAUGACGACGAUAUUGAAUCCGGAAACCUGAGAACAAUCAAAAGACUCAAUACGCAGACAACAACAGUCACUCGUGAGAUCGCAGACAGAAGAAGACAGGUAGCUCUCCAGGUACUGGGAGAGCGAGUCAAUGCAAAUCCAUCAGGACAUGGCCAAGAAGCCUGA